AUGCGCGUCAUCGCUGCUCUCGGCCUCGCCGCCCUGACCGGUAUGGUCUCGGCUCACCCCCACGGCCACGCUCACCACCACGACAAGCGUGCUGUUGUUGUCGACGUUGUCACCGAGGUCGAAUGGGUCACCAUCCACCCUGGCGACGUUGUCGCUGAGCCUACCUCCACUGAGGCUGCCGUUGUCCCCACCUCUACCAGCGAGCCCGUCGUCCAGGUCGCUGUUCAGGUCGCCUCUACCAGCUCGACCUCCAGCUCUUUCGUUCAGCCUACCCCCAUCGUGACCCCCACCUGGACCACCUCGUCUUCCGUUGUCGCCAGCUCCACCUCCGACGUCAUUGAGACCGCCACUGCCACCGGCGGCUCCGGUGUCAGCAUCGUCAACAACCUCGGCACGACCGUCUACCUCUGGACCACCUCCGAAACCUCCGGAGACAUGGUCACCAUCGAAGAGGAUGGCUCCUACACCGAGGACUGGCAGAUCAACUCCGACGGUGGCGGUAUCUCCAUCAAGCUGUCCACCUCUACCUCCGAGUCCUCCGUUCUGCAGUUCGAGUACACCAAGGAGGACGAGACCAUCUGGUGGGAUAUGUCCUCCAUCAACCUGCUGAAGACCUCCAUGUUCGUCGAGAAGGGUUUCUCCGUCACCUCCAACGAUGCCUCUUGCUCCACUGUUACUUGUGAUGCUGGUGAUGAGGACUGCUCUGAGUCUUACCAGAUGCCCGAUGAUGUUGACACCCGCAGCUGCUCUUCCAGCGCUGCCUUCACUCUUACCCUCGGUGCUUGA